CCAACGGAUUCAAGCUUGGCCGGAGAAGUUCUUUUCGUUUCAUUAAGAUUAGGGUUUGCCUUUUCGGAGUUAGGGUUUCUCUCUGUUUUAUCUCUUAGAUCAGCUCACCUUAUUCGUUUUCUCGUUUUGUUCCUUGAUGUCUUCCCUCCGACCAGAUCUCACAGGUCGGAUAUGGCUAGAACAAGACCGAGAGCCAGCGACGAUGGAUUCAGAACUGAACACAGAGAUCGAUCACUUCGACAGGUUACCUGACUCUCUCCUACUCAUAGUCUUCAACAAGAUCGGAGAUGUCAAAGCCUUGGGCCGCUGCUGCGUCGUCUCUCGUAGGUUCCAUGGUUUGGUACCUCAGGUCGACAACGUUGUGGUUCGAGUCGAUUGCGUUAUCUCCGACGACGACGGUGGUUCCACAGCUGCUUCCGCGGAUAAGAACCGUGGUGUCUUCUCGAACUUUUGUCGGUUCGUGUUCGGCGGAAUCGUUAAGCCUCUGCAAGCUAUUGGGCAUUUCCUUGGACCCAAGAAGAUUUUGUCAACUUCUACAUCAUCGUCGUCGUCAACUCCGUUUGGUGGUGGUGGUGGAGGGGCUGGAGGAACUGAAGAGGACGAUAUGGAGGCCGGUGGAGUCACCCACCACUCGCCCACGCAGGUUCUGAAGAAUUUCAAUGAGAUCAGGCGGCUCCGAAUUGAGCUCCCAAGCGGAGAACUAGGGAUUGAUUCGGGUGUUUUGCUCAAAUGGAGGGCUGAUUUUGGAUCCACCCUUGAUAACUGUGUGAUCCUUGGUGCCUCAUCUGUCCUCUCCCCUGAUACCGCCAAAUUGGAGACUAUUGCCGGUUUCGGUGGCGGUGAUGGUUCGUGUGUCGUCGGCAGUGUAGACGACAAUGGGAACAUACCUGAAUCGUUUUAUACUAACGGAGGGCUGAAAUUGAGAGUCGUUUGGACCAUUAGUUCUCUGAUUGCAGCUUCUGCCAGGCAUUACUUGCUUCAGCCGAUAAUUGCAGAGCAUCAAACCCUUGAUGGCUUGAUUCUCACAGAUGCUGAUGGGCAAGGUGUGCUGUGUAUGAACAAAGAGCAAUUGGAGGAGCUGAGGGUGAAGCCCUUAUCUGCUUCUACCGCUUCUAGACGAACUCUGGUUCCUGCACUCAACAUGAGGCUUUGGUAUGCUCCCCACUUGGAGCUACCUAAUGGAGUUGUCCUUAAGGGGGCGACACUGGUUGCAAUUAGGCCGACUGAGCAGUCGGCAACGACGAAGAAGGAGACCUCUGAUUGCUCAUGGGUUUCUGGAGCUUUCGAAGAGCCAUAUGGGACAGCUGCCAAGCUGCUGGUGAAGAGACGGACCUACUGUCUUGAGAUGAACUCCUUCUGAGGGUAAUGGAAGUUGAGGGUAAGCAGAGAAACUUUAAGGUGGGGAAGCGGAGUAUUUUGGGAUGCUGAAAUAACUUAUCCUGAGAGAGAUGAGAUCAGGGUUGGGUGCAAACAUGUUUCCUUCCACGAGGGCUUACAGAUCUCUGGCUCCUCUUCUUGCUACCCAACCCAAGUGAGAGAAUCAUCCCCGGUUGGUGCUAUGUGCUGUAAAGGUGUUGUUGCCUUUGUGUGCUUGAACCGGAAGUAAUGCAUCUGCAUUUUUUGUGUUUUUGUUGCCGGCACAUGCUUGUAAGAGUUCACAGUUUCACACAAUCCUAUCUGAUGAUGAUCCAAUCCUGUCUAAGCUUUUUGAUGUUGUGAGAGCUUUAAAAGAUUGUAGACAUAAAACUUCAAAUUUAAUUUCCUUGUAAAUGUGAAUAUUGUAGGUAACAGAUAUGCUUUUUUGCUU